AUGAAGACAUUGAAAAUCGUGCUAAUAUUCUUAGCAACGGCAACUAGUGACCCUGUGGUGAGGACUUGGACUUUCCCGGAAUUAGCAUUCGCAACUGGAAAUAACUCAGAGAGAAAAACUGAAGAAGAGUUAGAGUACCUUGAAGACGCUAAAUAUGAAAUGGCGGUGGCUUAUGGAGAGGAUAAUUCGAAUAACACUGCACAAAUUGUCAUCCCUUCGCCUUCUGGUCGGUCUAAAUGGACUCAAGAAGAGUUACAAGCUCAAAAUCCUAAACCGCUGGAAUAUUUUGAUAAUUUUGACAAUAUCAAGACAAGUGAAGAAGCCCGAGACUUUGCGAAAGAACACGCUAUUACUAUUGCGUACAGAAUGCUGCUUAGCAGGAGGCAAGAAGGACAGAAACAGUACGAUAUUGAAGUGUCUGAACCAGGUUUAGAUAUUUCUAAGUGGAAUAUUGACGACCUGAAAAAUGGUUUAAGGGAUCCGAGGACACAUCCAGCACUUAAACCUCGUUUAGAAGAUGCUUUCCAUGUUCUAAUGGAGUAUGUUAAUAAGGGAUUUCGAAACGAGAGCAUUGUAAUUCUAACUCCUAUGGGUCUCAUCCGUCACAAGCAAAAGUUUGACUACAAAAGAAAAACGACUCGAAGACGGCUUAGGGCCACCACCACCACUACCAAGUUUAAAACAUUACACCCAAAAGGAUGGCCUAUACGAAGACCGUGA